AUGUUUCUGUGAGCAGCCCAGCUGAGGGGGGAGCAGCCGAGCUACCUGAAGGGAGAUAACUUCUUUAAGUUCGUCUGCAGCGACUGUUCUGAGGACGGGAAGGAGAGCUUCGAGAGGAUGAGGCUCACCUGGCAGCAGGUGGUGAUGCUGGCGAUGUACAAUCUGUCUCUGGAGGGAACCGGCCGGCAGGGAUACUUCAGGUGGAAAGAGGACAUCUGCGCCUUCAUCGGACGACACUGGAACUUCCUGUUGGGAACAAGGAAGAAGACCUCGACCUGGUGGAGCACGGUGGCCGGCUGCCUGUCGGUCGGCAGUCCCACCUUCUUCCGGUCCGGAGCGCAGGAGUUCGGAGAGCCCGGCUGGUGGAAGCUGGUCCAGAACAGACCACCAACUCUGAGGCCAGACACUGAAAAAUCCACCACCAAGGCCAAAGCCUCGAAGCCCGUCAUGGAACCCAUCAUCACGGUGGAGGGUCUGAGGAAGCGAGGGGCCAGGAACCCGGUGGAGAACGCCAUCCAGCUGAAGGAGAAGCGCUGCCGGACGCAGGAGGCCAAAGACAUACGGCGGGCUCAGAAGGAGGCGUCGGGCGGAGGGGGGGGGUACAACGACCGCAGCGCCUCCUCCACGCCCGUCAAACUGGGCGGAGGCCGGGGGGGGAACGCCGGGCGCCGACCGGACCUGGUCCUGGAGAAAGGAGAGGUGAUUGAUUUCUCCUCCCUCAGCUCGUCGGACCGGACCCCCCUCACCAGCCCCUCACCAUCACCCUCCCCAGAUUUCUCCGCCCCGGGGACGCCGGCCUCGCACUCAGCGACGCCCAGCCUGCUGUCGGAGGCCGACCUGAUCCCCGACGCCAUGCCCCCGCAGGCCCUGUUCCACGACGAUGAGGAGAUGGAGACGGAGGGGAUGAUCGACCCGGGGAUGGAGUACCUCCCUCCUCCUCGCGCCAGCCUCGUCGCCCGGAAGAAGCUCCGUCCGGCAGCGCCUCACAUCAAACGUGAAGCCGAGAGCGAGGACGACGAAGGACACGACGAAGAGUUUGAAGGGCCGGUGGGACGCAGGGAGGGGCUGUCGCUCUCUGCCGGGGGCUGUGUUGGCGCCGGAGGCCCCGAGAGGAGGAGGAUAAAUCACCCGGAGAAAGCAGGCGAAGAACCCCAGACCCCCUGCUUCUCCCCCCUCAGUCUGUACGAGGAGAGGAUGCUGCUCCGCCGGCUGGCCUCCUGCCCGCUAGCGUUAGCCGUCACUCCGCAGGCCAAACGCCUCCACAGGAAGCUGCUGGUGCGCCAGGCCAAGAGGCAGCGAGGGCUCCCCCUGCUGGACGUCGACCGGGCGGUCAGCGCCACCCUCAGCCUGGUGGGGGGGAUCUACGGCGCCACGGGGACCCUGAUGCGAGGGGGACUCCUGGGGAAAUACUGCACCAACAGCCAGGAGUCGCGGAUCCUUGAUCGCUUCCAGACCAGCCUCUCCAGCAGAAGAGGCCUUCAGCAGACCCCGGUGUCCUUCUGCCAUCGUCUGACUGGAGCAGAAGGCAGUUCAGACCUGAGCAUCAAGAGUCCGUACACCGCCCGCAUCCUGAAACCCUACAUCAGGAGGGAUUAUGAGAGUCGUCCGGUGAAGCUGAGGUUGUUGGAAGAGAUCAGAGCUUACCCCCACAGAAAGAACCCCAACUGGGUCCCUGAACCCAACGCUCCCAUCGACUACUGCUACGUCCGCCCCAACCACAUCCCCUCGGUGAACGCCAUGUGCAACGAAAGCUACUGGCCAGGUGUGGACCUAUCAGAGUGCCUGCAGUACCCGGACUUCAGCGUGGUCGUCCUGUAUAAGAAAGUGGUGAUCGCCUUUGGUUUCAUGGUGCCGGAUGUGAAGUACAACGAGGCCUACAUCUCCUUCCUGUUGGUCCAUCCGGAGUGGAGGAGGGCCGGCAUCGCCACCUUCAUGAUCUACCAUCUGAUCCAGACGUGCAUGGGGAAAGACGUGACGCUGCACGUGUCGGCCAGUAACGCCGCCAUGCUGCUCUACCAGAAGUUUGGUUUCAAAGCGGAGGAGUACAUCCUGGACUUCUACGAUAAGUAUUACCCAGUGGACAGCAUCGAGUGCCGCCACGCCUUCUUCCUGAGACUCAGGCGCUGACCUUCACCUGCAGGAGUCCAACCGGUCGAGAGGAGACGGAGAUCUUCCUCUUAAAAUGGACAUCCACCCGGCUGCAGCACAGUGCCUGGCUCAAAGGAAGCAGGGCAGAAACAGAUACACCAACGGCUGAUAGAGCGCGGGAAACUGGGACAAUGUUGGAUGGAUUUAUCAGAAAGUUGGAAAUCUCCCGCUCCAAUUUAUCUCCAUUUGUUUGGAUUGUGUUUGUUUGUACUCAGGUAAAGAUGAAUGUAUUAGUGUUAGACUGUCAGUAGUUCUAUUCCAGUGGUGGUUUGUUUGAGAUUUCCAAUAACUCCAGAGCGUUAUAAAGUCCAAAUGCAACUAACCAAAUAUUCUGCUUCAGUACAGAUUGUAUACUUGUUAAAUAUCUUCACGAACGGGUUGUGUUCAUUAAAUAAAAGACAAGGAUUUAUUUUGUUCUUGACAGAUAUUCAAAACUUCAUGCAAAAAACACUGAAAGACUUGGAGUCGGUACAGCCUGUAAAUAAACACCUCUCUACUUUCUUUGGAGCGAUGAUGACGAAUCAAACUGUGUUUCUGUGACUGCUGGUGCUUUUAGAAGAAAUUCUGAUGAACAAUAAUUCAGAAAACCUCACCGUGUUUCUUUUGUAAGAUCGGAACAAUAAAUAUAUCUGGCCUUAAAUAUCA